AUGGUAGCAAUCCCUAAUUUCAUGUUGUUGGAUAUGAGUCAAGAUCCAAGCUAUGCUGAUUAUUGGGUUGAUGCUAAUAUUACUACUUAUGCUUAUCCUGGUGGUGUUGAUAUCAAGUAUGUUGCAGUCGGAAACGAGCCAUUCCUCAAAGCAUACAAUGCUACGUAUCUCCAAAUCACAUUACCGACGUUAAAAAAUGUCCAAAAUGCCCUUACCCGGGCUGGUUUCGGGAACCUGAUCGGUUUUUACAUUGCAAUAUCUACAAAAAGCUAA